GCUUCAGGACAUGGGCGCGCUGAACAGUAACCUGGUUACCAACUACCACCAAGGCUGGCGGCUGGUAACGGCCAUGUGGUUACACGGCGGCGUGGUGCAUCUCGUGUGUAACCUCCUCGGCAUCGCCUUCCUGCUCAACCGCCUCGAGAAGGAGUUCGGGCUGUGGCGACCGACGGCCAUCUACCUUCUCAGUGGGUUCUUUGCUGCCGUCUUCUCAUGCCUCUUUCUCGACACACAGAUCAGCGUGGGUGCAUCUGGAGCGUUGUUUGGGCUGGUGGGUGCGUGCCUGUCGGAACUGCUGAUCAAAUGGAAGCUCUAUGACAACAGGGUAUGGCAUUGGGUGCUUGCUUUCUUUGAUGAGUAG